GUGCUAGCAACCAAACUCCUGCUUUUCACAUGUGAACAGGCUUUUUUCUUCCUCCUGGCAACCAGAACCCAGAGCAGUCAGAGGGGAGCUGCAGAUACAAACCUAUAGGGAUACUUUGCUGGCUGAACAGCGACAGUAGAGCGAUGAAGUCCACGCUGUCUGUUGCUCUGUGCUUUCUGAUUGUGGUUUCUCACCCUCUUGGAGAGUGCUGGGAAGCCCCUUCGUUUUGCCAUGAGCUUCAAUGCCCAGAGUACACUGUGGUGAACACAUAUGAUAAUUUUGAGGAGCGCCACUAUCAGCCAAGCCAGUGGAUUACACAAGACAUUCCAAGCAUCCACAAAGAUGACGUAACAGCUGGAUUUUGGAAACUCUAUAACUUCUUGCAGGGGGAGAAUAAUGAGAAAAAGGUGAUUCCUACAACCAGACCUGGCCUUGUGUCAAUGAAUGAAGAUCCAGGGAGUGGCAAACCUAAAGUUUCGGUUUCUUUCUUCAUCGCCCCUAACACUGUCCUCCCUAAACCGAAUGUUGAGACAAUCAAGGUAGAAAACAGACCUAGCGCAACGAUCUACGUCAGGGUAUUUGGAGGCUUCGCCAGUGAGGACGAUGCCAGGAAGAACAGAGCGAUGUUGACAAAAGACCUGAAGGCUGAAGGGAAGCAGUUUAAUGACAAGAGAUAUGAAGGGGCUGGAUAUGACCCUCCAUGGAACCUUUUCAACAGACACAAUGAACUGUGGAUCUAUGCUGCAUGAUAGCAAAGGUGCAUCUAAACAGCUGUGAAUCCUAGAUAUUAUAGUACUGUUCUAGCUAAAUAACCUUUUUACCUCUUUAUUUUCAUAUGCACAAUUAUUUAUUCUCCAUGUGCAAUAGAGUUUAGCUUUGACUUUUUCAUAAACUAUACCUCUAAUUUCUGGAAGAAUUACUGAACAAAUGUUACUGCUUCUAGAAAGUUUCCUUUAAAGUAAAAUUCAGAAAGGGCUAUUGUACUCAAAAAUUUGCAGCAUGUAAUGUGUAGUACUAAUUGAUUAAACCUGUGUUUAACUGUAAUAAAAGUACUGUAUCUGGCCGA